AUGUCGUCCACUGUCGUCCAUGUCAAGAACAUUGCCCACAACACGAGCGAGAAAGAAGUGAGAGACUUCUUCAGCUUUUGCGGAAAGAUCACAUCCCUCUCUGUGACCCCUGCGUCCGAAGCCGAAAACAGCCCGCAGAGUGCAACAGUCACCUUCGAGAAAGAGACAGCCGCAAAGACAGCGCUUCUCCUCGACAAUACCCAACUCGGCAGCUCCCAAGUCCAAGUCUCAAGCGCCGCCGGCAUCAGUGAACUAGCCGGCACUAACACCGACGAUGCCUCCCGCGACGAGCACGACAUUUCGCAAGAGGACAAGCCGCGCUCGCGCAUCGUUGCCGAAUACCUCGCCCACGGCUACGUGAUCAGCGAUACCGCGAUCCAACGUGCCAUUGCCCUCGACAACAAGCACGGUGUCUCCAAUCGCUUCACCAACGCUCUUACACAAUUCGACGCAAAAUACAAGGCGACUGAUCGCGCCAAGGGUCUUGACCAGAGCUACGGCAUCACUGAUAAAGCGACUGCGGGAUGGAGGGGCAUCAACUCAUACUUCGAGAAAGCGAUGGGCACGCCUACUGGUCAGAAACUGGCAAGCUUCUACACGCAGAGUGACAAGCAGGUUCGAGACAUCCACGCCGAGGCACGGCGCUUGGCGGAUUUGAAGAGUGGAAAGGGCGGUGGUAGUAUGGAGCAGAACGAGAAGACAAUGGAGCAUGUUCCUGGGACUGAGAAGACGACUUGUCAGUGUGGAGGCGAUACUGGCACAUGCCCUUGUGCCGAGGGCAAGUGCGCGUGUAGUGGGUGUUCGAAGGCGGGGAUCCAUGGGGAGAAGACUGCUACCGGACCGGCUGAUGUUGUAGCGGACACUUCAGGUGUGCAGCCAUUGGGAGAGAAGACUAUUUGA